CUGCCUGUAACCUUUAGCACUGAUGAUUCAAAGCAGAUAUCGCUUUGAAAUAGAUGUGGGGAAAUCAGAGAAGGACUGGUAAAGAGUGAGAGAAGGCCAACCGCACUUGAAUACUGUACUUCGUAUACUGACAUUCAGCUGGAGUAUAUAAACCAGAGGUGAACCAGACUGUCAUACUAAAGGAGGAAAGAGCAUGCGAAAGGCCCACAGACAACAUGGAGCCAGUGGCAAAGGUGAAAAGAUUCUGCAAAGCCAAGCCAAACCAAAUUACAGAUGGCUGUUUAAGGGCUGGAGUAUUCCCCAAAGGAUUUUGUCCCAUGAAUGGAUCCAGGUUGCCUCUAGUUAGGACCGCUCAUGAAGCUGAUGCCAGGAAAUCAAAAAGCGAGAGUUUUGAAACAGAUGUGCUGUUGAACUCUUUAGACGAUUCAGUUUUGCUUCCCAAAGAGAUCUGUGUGACGCCCUCCAUGAGAAGCCUUAGAGCAGAGGAAUACACAAGGGCCUUUCAGUCAUUCUUAGACCAUUCAACUGAACACCAGUGCAUGGACCAGUUCAAUAAAACGGAACUGCCAAAUAUAGUAGCCAGUGUUGGAAAUGGAAAAUCUACUAUCAGUGUGCUAGGUGUGGGAAGUGGCACAGGGGAACAAGACUUGAAAAUGAUUAGAAUAAUCCAGUCUCAGCAUCCAGGAGCCUUCAUUGCAAAUGAAGUUAUAGAGCCCAACCCACAUCAUAUUCUGGCAUACAAAGAGGCAAUUAAGAAUUCUCCUGAUCUCAAAAAUGUCUCAUUUACCUGGCACCAGCAGACCUCCAUGGAAUAUGAAAAGCAAGCAAAAGAAGGGAAUGUAGAAAAGAAAUAUGACUUCAUACACCUGAUCCAGAUGCUGUAUCGCGUGGAGAAUAUUGCAAAUACUAUCAAGUUUUUUCACAGUUGCCUAGAUUGUUAUGCUAAACUUCUCAUUAUAAUUUUAUCAGGUAACAGUGGAUGGGCUUCUAUAUGGAAGAAAUACAGACACUGUCUACCCCCAACUGACAGUGGCCAUUACAUUACGGCCGAUGACAUCAAAGUUGUCUUGGAGGGAAUGGGAGUCAAAUACCAAGUGUAUGAUUUCCCUUCAGUUUGGGAUAUCACUGAAUGUUUUAUUGAUGGAGAUACCACUGGAGGUCAUACACUUGACUUCCUUACAGGGACAAAGGACUUCAUGAACACUGCACCCCUUGGUCUUAAGCAACAGCUCCGACAAGCUCUGGGUCAGCCAGAGUGCAGCACCAAGAAAGAUGGGAGGAUUAUUUUCAGAAAUGAUCUAAGCAUGAUUGUGGUCAGUUCCUAAUAAUAGUAGAAACACCAGGAGGCUAUUUUCAUCUGUUUUGAUAGAAACGGUGCAAACAAAUCUACAGAUAAUUAACUUGUAAAGUUGUGAAGCAACUUGUUCAGGACUGGAGGAGUGAAGUAUGAAAACUUAAAAGAUGUGGAGUGUAUUUUUAGCAGAUUCUUUUAGCCUUAAAAGGUACCCAGUUUACUACAAUAUGCAAUCAACACUGGUUUGUACAGAUUCAUAUUGCCUCUAAGGUUCAGGACUCACAAAACAGAGCCUGAUAAUUCAUGAAGGAAGACUGUAAAAAAUCAUCAAUAUAUUUAGAUGGUGACUGUGUGUAAGGAGACUGCAAACUUUGUGUUGUGUUAGCAUAGAGGAAACCAAGUGUAGGGCUGUACACAUAAACAUAGUUGGAUAAAUUCAAUGAUGUGCAUGCUAUGUCUUUGGACCUCAUGACCUUGAGCUUCUUAGUCCAGUGAAUGUUUUGUCCCAGAGCACAUGGCACUCAUUGUGUUCUGAUUAAGGUUGCUGUACAAGUUUUGGUAGAUUUUGGUAUCUUUAACCAGAUGUGAACAAGAGGACAUCAUAACAGCCAGAUGCUGACAAGGCUACUGUACCUUUAAAGAAGGAAGAUUUAAUAAUUUCAUCCCAUGAUGCGACUGCAGUAACAAGUGGGG